UGUCACUCGGAGCGGCGGCGGCUCCGGGGCCGCGCGGGACGGGGCGCAGCGAGCGCCUUGCCAGCAGCUGCCUCACCAGGAUGAAGGGGACAGCCAAUGUCAACUCCACUGGCCGCAGCCACUACCAGUCUGCCAUCCCAGUGCCCCGUGCCAUGGCCCAUGGCAAACUGCACACCACAGCCUCCCUGAGCACCCCAGGGUCCCCUGUCCUGCACAGGGCUCCGUCCCCUCGGCCAGGGAAGGUGCCAGCCCCCAGUCCCAAGACUCUCAAGCCCAAAGCUGCUGGAAAAGCUGCUGGCCAUGAGCCGGCCAAGGGCAGGGAGGGAAGCACCAGUGUCCCCGCUCAUGGCGGGCAGAAAGCCCUGUCAAGACCCCCGGGGUCCCCUGGGAAAUUGCUAGAGGCAGUGGACAGUGGGAGGAGAGGGGCAGGCAGGGUGGGGGAGCCCAUGGAGCUGCACAAUGGCAGCGGAACGGCCACACCAGGGACAGGGGAUGAGUCUUGUGGUGCCUCACAGGGGAGGGGCCCUGUAUUUGGGUCAGGGGCCAUCACUUUCUCCUCAGGGCCCCCACACAGCCACCCCAUCACUGCCACUGUGGCACCCUUCCAGUACCGGCUGCGGGAGGACCGAGAGCAUGAGAGGGCCACAUCCCCGGGUGAUGAGUGCUCUGCUCCUGAGAAGGGAUCUGACCCUGACCCCAAGCCCAGAGGCCUGAGAUCAAUGGAGAGGCCCCGCUGGGUUUGGGGGCCACGCUGUCCCUCGGGGGAUUCUUGGGGCCACCCUGGGCCCUUGGUGCACAAUUUGGGGAGAAACGGGGAUGCUUUGGUCCCCCUGGGACCCGCGGUGGCGGCGGGCACCGAGGAGAAGCCGUACCUGAAGGUGGACCCCGAGCUGGUGGUGACGGUGCUGGGCGACCUGGAGCAGCUCCUCUUCAGUCAGAUGCUGGACCCCGAGUCCCAGAGGAAGAGGACAGUGCAGAAUGUACUGGACCUACGUCAGAACCUGGAGGAGACCAUGUCCAGCCUAAGGGGCUCUCAGGUGUCUCACAGCUCCCUUGAGAUGACCUGCUAUGACAGUGAUGAAGCCAACCCACGGAGCGUCUCCAGCCUGUCCAACCGCUCCUCCCCGUUGUCGUGGCGCUACGGGCAGUCCAGCCCGCGGCUGCAGGCCGGGGACGCGCCAUCGGUCGGGGGCAGCUGCCGCUCCGAGGGCACCCCGAGCUGGUACACGCACGGGGAGCGGGCGCACUACUCGCACACCAUGCCCAUGCGCAGCCCCAGCAAGCUGAGCCACAUCUCCCGCCUGGAGCUGGUGGAGGCGCUGGACACCGAUGACGUGGAGCUGAAGUCGGGGUACAUGAGUGACAGUGAUCUGAUGGGGAAGACGCUGACGGAGGAUGAUGACAUCACCACGGGCUGGGAUGAGAGCAGCUCCAUCAGCAGUGGCCUCAGCGAUGCCUCCGACAACCUCAGCUCGGAGGAGUUCAAUGCCAGCUCCUCGCUCAACUCCCUGCCCUCCACCCCCACCGCCUCGCGCAGGAACUCGGCCAUAGCGCUGCGCACGGACUCGGAGAAGCGCUCACUGGCGGAGAGCGGACUGAGCUGGUACGGUGAGGGUGACGAGAAGGCACCCAAGAAGCUGGACUACGACAGCAGCAGCCUCAAGAUGGAGCAUGGCUCCUCCAAGUGGCGGCGGGAGCCCUCGGAGGGCGGUGAGGAGGGGCCCAAGGGUGGUGAGCUGAAGAAGCCUGUCAGCCUGGGCACCCCGGGCUCCCUCAAGAAGGGCAAGACUCCUCCAGUGGCUGUGACCUCCCCCAUCACCCACACGGCCCAGAGCACCCUCAAAGUGGCAGGCAAGCCAGAGACCAAAGUCACCGACAAGAGCAAGCUGUCAGUGAAGAACACGGGCCUGCAGCGCUCCUCCUCUGAUGCCGGCCGUGACCGCGCCACUGACGCCAAGAAGCCGCCAUCAGGGCUUGCACGCCCCUCAUCCUCCAGCUCCUUUGGCUACAAGAAACCAGCUCCUGCCACUGGCACGGCCACUGUCAUGCAGGCUGGGGGCUCGGCCACGCUCGGCAAGGUCCAGAAGACCUCUGGCAUUCCUGUUAAGCCAGUCAGUGGGAGGAAAACAAGCCUCGACGUUUCCAACGCACCCGAGCCGGGGUUCCUGGCACCAGGGGCUCGCUCCAACAUCCAGUACCGCAGCCUGCCCCGGCCGGCCAAGUCCAGCUCCAUGAGUGUGACCGGGGGCCGCAGCGCAGCCCGGCCGGUCAGCAGCAGCAUUGACCCCAGCAUGCUGAGCACCAAGCAGGGUGGCAUCUCGGUGUCGCGGCUCAAGGAGCCAUCCAAGGUUGGCACUGGCCGUGGCACUCCAGCCCCUGUGAACCAGACAGAUCGUGAGAAGGAGAAGGCCAAGGCCAAGGCGGUGGCACUUGACUCCGAGUGCAGCACCCUGAAGAGUGCCAGCUCACCUGAGAGCACCCCAAAAGCCCAGGCCAACCUCCCGCCAGCAGCCAAGGUGGCCGAGCUGCCCCCUACACCUCUCAGGGCGGCUGCCAAGACCUAUGUGAAGCCUCCCUCGCUGGCCAACUUGGACAAGGUCAACUCCAACAGCCUGGACUUGCCCUCCUCCAGCGAGCUGCACACCCCGCAUACUUCCAAGCUCCAGGACUUGCACCCCGCUGGCGGGCACCUCGCGCCCUGCUUCAGCCCCAGCCCUGCUCCCAUCCUCAACAUCAACUCGGCCAGCUUCUCCCAGGGCCUGGAGCUCAUGGGUGGCUUCAGUGUCCCCAAGGAGGGCAGGAUGUAUCCUAAGCUCUCCGGCCUUCACCGCAGCAUGGAAUCCCUACAGAUGCCCAUGAGCCUGCCCAGUGCCUUUUCAGGGGGCAGCACCACCACCGCCGCCCCUGCUGCUGCACCCCCUGCCAGCACAGAGGAGGAAGAGGAAGAAGAAGAGGCAGGAGAGCUGGGCUGGACUGGGAGUCCCCGGCUCACACAUCUGGACAGUGCCAACCGUGACAGGAACACGCUGCCCAAGAAGGGGUUGAGGUACCAGCUCCACUCCCAGGAGGAGGCCAAGGAGCGGCGCCACUCCCACGCGGUCAGCGGGCUCCCCGAGUCGGAUGAGCAGCAGGAGCUGCCCUCGCCCCCCGCCCUCCCCAUGGCGCUGGUUGGGAAGGGCCCGCUCACCAGCAUUGUGAGCCCCACUGCCACCGCAGCCCCGCGGAUCACCCGCUCCAACAGCAUCCCCACCCACGACUCCACCUUUGAGCUGUACAGCACCUCCCAGAUGGGCAGCACCCUCUCCCUGGCCGACAAGCCCAAGGGCAUGAUCCGCUCGGGCUCCUUCCGGGACCCUGUGGACGAUGUUCAUGGAUCAGUGCUGUCCCUGGCCUCCAGCGCGUCCUCCACCUACUCCUCCGCUGAGGAGAAGAUGCAGUCUGAGCAAAUCCGCAAGCUGCGCCGUGAGCUGGAGUCCUCGCAGGAGAAGGUGGCCACGCUGACGUCCCAGCUGUCUGCUAACGCCAACCUGGUGGCGGCCUUUGAGCAGAGCCUGGUGAGCAUGACAUCCCGUCUGCGGCACCUGGCUGAGACUGCCGAGGAGAAGGACACGGAGCUGCUGGACCUGCGAGAGACGAUUGACUUCCUGAAGAAGAAGAACUCAGAGGCCCAGGCUGUGAUCCAGGGUGCUCUAAAUGGCACUGAUGUCACCCCCAAAGAGCUGCGCAUCAAGCGGCAGAACUCCUCUGACAGCAUCUCCAGCCUCAACAGCAUCACCAGCCACUCCAGCAUCGGCAGCAGCAAGGACGCUGAUGCCAAGAAGAAGAAGAAGAAGAGCUGGGUGUACGAGCUACGCAGCUCCUUUAAUAAGGCCUUCAGCAUCAAGAAGGGCCCCAAAUCAGCCUCAUCCUACUCGGACAUUGAGGAGAUCGCCACGCCAGACUCGUCAGCCCCCUCCUCCCCCAAGCUACAGCAUGGCUCCACAGAGACUGCCUCACCCUCCAUCAAGUCCUCCACAUCCUCCUCCGUGGGCAUCGACACAACUGAGCUCUUCCAGGCCCACAGCGAGGGCGAGCCCGAGAAGAAGGAGGUGUCAGAGCUGCGGUCAGAGCUGUGGGAGAAGGAGAUGAAGCUGACAGACAUCCGCCUGGAGGCACUCAACUCAGCUCACCAGCUGGAGCAGCUGCGGGAGACAAUGCACAACAUGCAGCUGGAGGUGGAUCUCCUGAAGGCUGAGAAUGACCGUCUCAAGGUGGCCCCAGGGCCUUCAGCAGUGCCAGGUUCUGUUCCCAGCCAUAUCACGAGCACAUCGGCCUCCUCUUCACCACGGCGCUCCUUGGGUCUCACCCUUGGCCACGCCUUCAGCCCCAGCCUGGGAGAUGCAGACAUGUCCCCCAUGGAUGCUGUCAGCGCUGGCACGCAGAAGGACGAGCUGACACUGCGGAUUGUGGUGCGCAUGCCGCCACAGCACAUCAUCAAGGGGGACCUCAAGCAGCAGGAGUUCUUCUUGGGCUGGACCAAGGUGAGCGGGAAGGUAGACUGGAAGAUGCUGGAUGAGGCUGUCUGCCAAGUCUUCAAGGAUUAUAUCACCAAGAUGGAUCCUGCGUCCACGCUGGGGCUCAGCACCGAGUCAGUCUAUGGCUACAGCAUCAGCCACAUCAAGCGGGUGCUGGACACGGAGCCACCGGAGCUGCCGCUGUGCCGCCGGGGCCUGACCAGCGUCGUGGUGACACUCAAAGGCUUGAAAGAGAAGUGCGUGGACAGCCUGGUGUUCGAAACACUCAUCCCCAAGCCCAUGAUGCAGCACUACAUCAGCCUCCUGCUGAAGCACCGCCGCCUCAUCCUCUCGGGGCCCAGUGGCACCGGCAAGACCUACCUGACCAACCGCCUGGCCGAGUACCUGGUGGAGCGCUCGGGCCGGGAUGUCACCGAGGGCAUCGUCAGCACCUUCAACAUGCACCAGCAGUCCUGCAAGGAUCUACAGCUGUACCUGUCCAACCUGGCCAACCAGAUCGACCGGGAGACGGGCACGGCGGACGUGCCCCUGGUGAUCCUCCUGGACGACCUCAGCGAGGCGGGCUCCAUCAGCGAGCUCGUCAACGGUGCGCUCACCUGCAAGUACCACAAAUGCCCGUAUAUCAUUGGCACUACCAACCAGCCUGUGAAGAUGACCCCAAACCACGGCCUCCAUCUCAGCUUCAGGAUGCUGACCUUCUCCAACAACGUGGAGCCAGCCAAUGGCUUUCUGGUGCGCUACCUGCGGCGGAAGCUGCUGGAGUCGGACACGGACAUCAAUGCCAACAAGGAGGAGCUGCUGCGGGUGCUGGACUGGGUGCCCAAGCUCUGGUACCAUUUGCACACCUUUCUGGAAAAGCACAGCACAUCCGACUUCCUCAUCGGUCCCUGCUUCUUUCUGUCCUGCCCUAUUGGAAUUGAGGAUUUCCGGACCUGGUUCAUCGACCUGUGGAACAACUCCAUCAUCCCUUACCUGCAGGAGGGGGCAAAAGAUGGGCUUAAGGUCCAUGGGCAGAAGGCGGCCUGGGAGGACCCCGUGGAGUGGGUGCGGGACACCCUGCCCUGGCCGUCAGCGCAGCAGGACCAGUCCAAGCUCUACCACCUGCCCCCGCCCACCGUCGGGCCGCAGAGCGCCGUGUCCCCCCCUGAGGAGCGCACCAAGGACACCACGCCCAGCUCCCUGGACUCGGACCCGCUGAUGGCCAUGCUGCUCAAGCUCCAGGAAGCCGCCAACUACAUUGAGUCUCCAGACCGUGAGACCAUGGUGGACCCCGACCUGCAGUCGACUCUGUGAGGCCUGGAUGUGC